GGCUAUGGUGUGUGGACGAGGGAAAAGCAAUUUACAUUGGUGUACAUUGUGAUUUAUAUACCGAUCAAACCAAUCUACUUGGGCAAAAGAAGAUUCAUUUCGACUUCCACCCCAGUUGUGAAUCAAGAUGAUGUAGAUUCCGAACAGCAUGGAUCAAUUGCAACAUAAUAGAAUAACAAUCAAAGUGACACGUAUAGUUACACCCCCUCUAAAAGUAUUACUACCUGAAUGUACCCAUCAAACCACGUGUUAACAACUGGUAAGUUUUUCAGGAGAAUCAGUGAGAAGCCGUGGUUAUAAGGAAUAAUGGCAAAUAUAAAAGAUGUUGAAUUUCUCAGGACGAUUCGAUUUCUUAGGAACUGGCCUCUUGAUAAGCUGAUUGAUGGUGAUCCAAAUGUCUGCACGUGCAAGCAUUUUAAAAGUGGCAAGGUGCUUGUGAAGGACAGUAGUCUUUCAGACUGGAUAUAUGUAGUCAAAUCAGGAAGCCUUUCCAUUUACAAACAACUAAAGAUCGACAGCCUUUCCGGACCUAAUAUUCCUUCUAUUCACACAAUCCAGAACACAACCAAGCGAACAAAAAGAAGCAAUAUGAGACACAACGAAGCAAACCAUAUAUCUACAAAACAAAUGGUCCCAAAAUAUAGUAAAAGAUCGCUAGAUAAUAUGAUUCAUAAGACUGCGCACACAUCAGAAGAAAACCUCAACAUUAAACUACGCGAACCAUUGCCAACAAUAUUCAAACACACAUAUGAAGUAGAUGAAUACCUGAGUAAGAGGCUCCCGGGAUAUCAUAAUCCUGAUGAUCGACUUGGAGUUAUAAACUAUGACACAAUAAUAAAACAUCACAAAGCCAAUGUUAUACUUCCUCCAAUAAACCAGCACGAAGAACCAAUGGAUCAUACGUCAGAACUUUCUAAUGAUGUUAAGCCACUUAUCUUGCCAAGGAGAGCCAGUAUUUUUCCAAAUACGGUCGACAAACUGGGGACAUCACCGCCUAAGACAAAAACAACAAUGGAUGAUAAUCACGGUGCUUUCCGUGUAACAUCCCUUCAAAGAGAACGGAGGCAGGGAAUUAACAGAACAGAUUACGAGAAAAAGAAGCACCCACCAUUCAUCAUGACAUUGCCAAAUAUCACGGAGCUUGCUGAAGAUAAUGUUGAAGAAGACGAACUCCAACUAGACGACAGCGGUGAUAUGGUUCAAAAUUUUACAAACAAUGACAAACCAGUAUUGAUACCAUCGCAGUACAUUAGGGUGGGCAUACUAGAGAAAGGGCAAUAUUUUGGUGUAACUGAUAUCAUAUUUGAGAAUCAACCCCAGUUUAGUCUAGUCAGUAAUGGUGCAGACUGCCUUAUGAUAUCAAAACGAUUCUACUUGAGAUAUGCUGAUGAUGAUAUCAUGGAGGAGCUGAGAAUGCUGGAAAUCCCAUUCCCUUCAGAAAAGGAAAUGAGGGAAAGUCUCCAGAAACAUAAGAGCUGGAAAUCACACACAAAAAGAACAAUAGGCACAAUUAUACAGAGACAUCAACAGAGCAAACAUUUACGAAAACAGAACAUAGGUUAUUCACCUAGGAUACCCAAGUUAUAGGAUAAUGCUCCAACCCGCUUUGUUGGACACAUGCAUACAGUUCAAUCAACAAUAUUUUACAUUCUUUUAGAGAAAAAUUAGCAUUUCAUAUUGAAUGUGUAAAAUGAAUUGACAAAUUCUUUUCCAAUAUCGGCCUUUGUUUUUUCUUUUCCGAAGACCCAGUGAAAAAAUCCAAGCCUGUAUUCGUGCACGAGUUGAGUAAAUAUCUAACACCUUUCUCAAUUAAUUAAUACUUAGCAUAUUUACACAAGUAGGAAAUAAGCAAUUGAA